AUGAACAGUGACCCAGCGCCAGGACGUUCACCGGGACCACCUGUGCAAACAGCGCCAGCUGCCAUCAUUGUGGCAACCACGCCUAUUGUGGAAGCGGAACAACAGCAAACAGAUGUGAACAAUGUAGAGAAUGACGGUAAUCAUAAUAGCAAUUACAACAAUAACAACAAAUUUACUUACAACAACAACAGUGAGGGCAUUAAUGACAACAACAGUGAAGAUGAUUCAAUUGGCAUCUCCAAUGAAACAAUACCCUUUGAGGGCCAACAACACAGUUUAAACGUGGAUAACAGAAACAGCAAUGUGGCUAAGGGUCAUCACGAAGACGUAGCUUCAAUUACAACCAGUGCUUCUCAGGAGCAACACGAAGAAGAAGAACACGAAAUACAACAGACAGAAACAAUUAAUUUUCCAUUAACAAAAACUCACAAUGACAAGAACACUGAAAAUGAACAUGCCAGAAAACUGGAUGCCAAUGCAAACAAUGGAGAGACUCUGUUCAACCCGAUUGGGGGUGAAUACAGUUUGCCUUCACCUCAGCUGACAACUACAUAUGUGAGUGCGGAAAAACCACUCACGCAACAUGGCAAAUCUUUCGAUAAUGACCAAAAUUCACAGAUGGAACAAGAAGAACAUGAAACCCCAAUGUCAACGUCACAUUCGGUACAAAUGUCAGUACCGCACAAUGAGAAGGAAAAUCUGGAAAAAUCAUCACCGCCGACCAGCACUACUUCUACAAACAUCAAUUCCUGUCGCUCACAACUCGAUAAUUUUCUUAGUGAUGCCACAGUGAUUGAUGCCGAUGUAAUAGCUGACGACGAUACAGCCACAUCGCAAAAUGUCAACAACAACAACGCCAGCAAUAACAACACUAAAUUCAAUGAUCCACUGGCGGCCCCUCACCAUCAGGCCAUGCAAAUUGCUUUGAAUUUGCAUCAUGAUAUCUUUGAUACCUCCAAUGAUUUUGGUAUCAAUUGUGGUCUCCUCUAUAAAGUACAUCUCACGGUGACUCCGCAGAAAAGAUCCUCCACAUCGGCAACAAUAAAACGGCCAGCCAGCAAACGAAGCCAAAAGACAGUCACACCGCAAAUGCGAAAUCCAGUAAUUCAUUACACGGGGGAUUUUUACGUUGAAACCGUAUCGCUGUUGAAUGCUCAUGAACGUGGCAGUUUUGUGAGUGAAACGGUAGCUGCUGCUGGUGGUGGUGGCGGCAACAAGUUGCCAAUUUCAUGGUUCGCCUCGGCACAACAAAAUGGAAAACGCCAACCAGCGGUGAUGAUGAAAAAUGCUAAAGGCUCUAUGAUGGGCGGUGGCAAUGGUAAAAAAGCCAGUCCCAGAGAAGAGUUUGCGGAAACAUUGCACAAAAAUGAUUUUAGUUCUUCAUCAGCAUCCUCAGCGGAAGAGGCAGCUGCAGCCAAGAGAACAUUAGAUGAUGGCGAUGUCCCGGAUGAUGUUGAAUAUAUUGGUCAUAUACCAACAAAUAUAUUUUUUAAAGAUUUUGCCAAAGUACGAAAUGCUUCGAAGCUAAAACGUGAACGUGAACAACAGCAUCAGGCAAAUCAGGCAAAAAAUCUUCAUCAGAGUCAAGUCGAUGCAGACAGCAAUGCAAGAUGGUAUUACGACAAAAAAGAAUUGCCAUCAUCAUCAUCGUCCUCGGCGAAUUCUAAAAGAUCUAUGUUAUCUGUUGUAUCGGGUGCAACGUCGAAUGAUGCCACAAUAGAAACGUCGAAACAACACCAAGAAAACGAAAAUCAACAACAACCACUACCUACAAAACAACGACGUGCUGUAAUAUCGGAUGAGUAUAGCGAAUCAUGUCCGGAUAACAAAUGGCAAGGAACUGUCAGAAGCCAUACUAAUGCUGCGGGCGGUAUUAGUAGUGAAACCAGUGCCAUGUGGUGGCUUAAUGAGCUCUGCGAGCAGAAUGAUAUUAUUGAAUUUAG